GGGCCGCCAUAGCGCCAGCCCCUGUAUCCGCCCCCGCGCCUUUCAGCCGUAAGAAACUAGUUGGCUCGUUUUCCAUUCAUACUUAGAUUCUGUCAUUUAAAGAAGUCCCUACCUCUUACCACCGGGCUCCCUCCUGAGAACUGCCCAAGGCUCUGAGUGCUUGGGAACCAGACCCGCUAGGUGGCCGCACCUCCACGCAGCAGGUCGAACGCCACGGCCCGGGAGCAUAGCGGAGAUGAGGAGCAGGAGCAACUCCGGGGUCCGCUUGGACGGAUACGCACGGCUGGUGCAGCAAACCAUCCUGUGUUACCAGAAUCCCGUCACAGGGCUGCUGUCAGCCAGUCAUGAGCAGAAGGACGCCUGGGUGCGGGAUAACAUCUACAGCAUCCUGGCCGUGUGGGGCCUGGGCAUGGCCUACCGCAAGAAUGCCGACCGUGAUGAGGACAAAGCCAAGGCCUACGAGCUAGAGCAGAACGUGGUGAAACUGAUGCGGGGUCUUCUCCAGUGCAUGAUGAGACAGGUGGAUAAAGUGGAGAAGUUCAAGCACACUCAGAGUACCAAGGACAGCCUGCAUGCCAAGUACAACACCGCCACCUACAGCACUGUGGUGGGCGACGACCAGUGGGGCCACCUCCAGGUGGAUGCCACCUCCCUCUUCCUCCUAUUCCUGGCCCAGAUGACUGCCUCAGGUUUACGUAUUAUUUUCACCCUUGACGAGGUGGCCUUCAUACAGAAUCUUGUUUUUUACAUAGAAGCUGCAUAUAAAGUCGCUGAUUAUGGAAUGUGGGAACGUGGAGAUAAGACUAAUCAGGGCAUUCCAGAAUUGAAUGCAAGCUCUGUAGGAAUGGCCAAGGCAGCCCUGGAGGCAAUUGACGAACUGGACCUUUUUGGAGCCCAUGGAGGACGCAAGUCCGUGAUCCACGUCUUGCCCGAUGAGGUCGAACACUGCCAGUCUAUUCUCUUCUCCAUGCUGCCAAGAGCAUCGACGUCUAAGGAGAUUGAUGCUGGGCUUCUUUCCAUUAUUUCUUUCCCGGCCUUUGCAGUGGAAGAUGUGAACCUUGUGAAUGUGACCAAAAAUGAAAUUAUUUCCAAGCUCCAGGGGCGUUAUGGAUGCUGUCGCUUCCUUCGAGAUGGUUAUAAAACCCCAAGAGAGGACCCAAACCGACUGCAUUAUGAUCCUGCUGAACUAAAGCUCUUUGAAAACAUUGAAUGUGAAUGGCCUGUGUUCUGGACGUAUUUCAUAAUUGAUGGGGUCUUCAACAGUGAUGCCGUUCAGGUCCAAGAAUACCGAGAGGCCCUGGAGGGGAUAUUAAUCAGAGGCCAGAAUGGGAUCCACCUGGUGCCCGAACUCUAUGCCAUCCCGCCUAACAAGGUAGAUGAAGAGUAUAAGAAUCCUCACACGGUGGACAGAGUUCCUCUGGGGAAGCUGCCCCAUCUGUGGGGUCAGUCCUUGUACAUCCUCAGCUCCCUGCUGGCAGAGGGAUUCCUUGCCACUGGUGAAAUUGAUCCCUUAAAUAGAAGAUUUUCCACUUCCGUCAAGCCUGAUGUCGUAGUACAAGUGACUAUUCUGGCAGAAAACCACCACAUUAAGGAGCUGCUGAAGAAACAUGGGGUGAAUGUCCAGAGUAUUGCUGACAUUCAUCCAAUCCGAGUCCAGCCAGGCCGGAUUCUCAGUCACAUAUACGCCAAGCUUGGACGAAAUAAGAAUAUGAAAUUGAGUGGGCGACCAUAUCGGCACAUUGGUGUCCUUGGAACAUCUAAACUAUAUGUGAUUCGGAACCAAAUCUUUACUUUCACACCCCAGUUCACCGACCAGCAUCACUUCUACCUGGCGCUGGACAACGAGAUGAUCGUGGAGAUGCUGAGGAUCGAGCUGGCCUACCUGUGCACCUGCUGGCGGAUGACGGGCAGACCCACGCUCACCUUCCCCAUCACCCAUACCAUGCUCACAAAUGAUGGCUCAGAUAUUCAUUCUGCUGUUCUUUCAACAAUUCGAAAACUAGAGGAUGGAUAUUUUGGAGGAGCUAGAGUAAAAUUAGGGAGUCUUUCGGAAUUUCUCACCACCUCUUUCUAUACGUAUCUGACCUUCCUGGAUCCAGACUGUGAUGAGAAGUUGUUUGAUGGUGCCAGUGAAGGGAGCUUCAGUCCUGAUAGUGAUUCAGAUUUGGGAGGAUACUUGGAAGACACUUAUAAUCAAGAAAGCCAGGACGAACUUGACCAGUAUAUCAGCCACCUCCUGCAAAGCACAUCCUCCAAGUGCUAUCUGCCACCUCUUUGUAAGAAGACAGAGGACAGCCAUGUUUUCAGCGCCAUCCACUCCACUCGGGAUAUACUUUCUGUCAUGGCAAAAGCAAAGGGUUUGGAAAUUCCAUUUGUUCCCAUGGCUCUGCCAACUAAAAUUCUAAGUGCCCACCGUAAGUCGCUGAAUCUUGUUGAUUCCCCUCAGCCACUCCUUAAAAAGGCUCCCGAAGAUGACUUCCAGUUUCCCAGAGAUGACCGUGGUGACGUGGACUGUGAGAAGCUGGUUGAGCAGCUGAAGGAUUGCUCGAACCUACAGGACCAAGCAGACAUUCUGUACAUUCUGUAUGUAAUGAAGGGUCCUAACUGGGACACACAUCUCUCUGGACAGCACGGGGUCACAGUUCACAACCUCCUUAGUGAGCUGUAUGGGAAAGCCGGCUUGAACCAGGAGUGGGGUCUGAUCCGCUACAUCUCUGGCCUCCUCCGGAAGAAAGUGGAGGUCCUGGCUGAGGCCUGCACAGACCUGCUGUCACACCAGAAGCAGCUCACAGUGGGCCUGCCACCAGAACCCCGGGAGAAGACCAUCUCUGCGCCUCUUCCCCCCGAGGAGCUCACGAAACUCAUCUAUGAAGCCAGUGGGCAGGACAUCAGCAUCGCCGUCCUCACCCAGGAGAUUGUGGUGUACCUGGCCAUGUACGUCAGGGCACAGCCCAGCCUCUUCGUAGAGAUGCUCAGGCUCCGGAUUGGACUGAUCAUUCAGGUGAUGGCCACAGAGCUGGCACGGAGCCUGAACUGUUCAGGAGAAGAAGCUUCUGAAAGUUUGAUGAACCUCAGCCCUUUUGAUAUGAAAAAUCUCCUGCACCAUAUUUUAAGUGGAAAAGAGUUUGGUGUUGAAAGAAGCAUGCGACCCAUCCAUUCCUCCACAUCCAGCCCAGCCAUCUCCAUCCAUGAGGUGGGACAUACUGGAGUCACCAAAACCGAGAGGAGUGGCAUCAGCAGGCUGAGGAGUGAGAUGAAACAGAUGACUAGGCGAUUUAGUGCUGACGACCAGCUCUUUUCCGUGAGCCAGGCCGCGUCCGGCAGCGCGCACUCCUCCAAGUCUGCGAGGUCCAGCACCCCGUCCUCGCCCACCGGCACAUCAUCGUCAGACUCAGGCGGGCACCACAUUGGCUGGGGGGAGCGGCAGGGCCAGUGGCUGCGCAGGAGAAGGCUGGACGGUGCCAUCAACAGGGUCCCUGUGGGAUUCUACCAGAAGGUGUGGAAGAUCCUUCAGAAGUGCCACGGUCUGUCCAUCGACGGUUAUGUGCUCCCAUCCUCGACGACACGAGAGAUGACCCCCCAGGAGAUCAAGUUUGCUGUCCACGUUGAAUCGGUGCUGAACCGAGUGCCGCAGCCCGAGUACCGGCAGCUGCUGGUGGAGGCCAUCAUGGUGCUGACGCUGCUCUCAGACACGGAGAUGAACAGCAUCGGGGGCAUCAUCCACGUGGACCAGAUCGUGCAGGUGGCCAACCAGCUGUUCCUGCAGGACCAGAUGUCGAUCGGAGCCAUGGACACACUGGAGAAAGACCAAGCCACGGGCAUUUGCCACUUCUUUUACGACAGUGCUCCCAGUGGGGCUUACGGGACCAUGACCUACCUAACGAAGGCAGUGGCUUCUCAUUUGCAGGAGCUGCUGCCCAAUUCAGGCUGCCAGAUGCAAUAGGGCCCCGGCACACUGCCUCUGUCAUUUGCUCCCCAGCCUCCUGAGAACUUUCUUCUGUUCCGCGAGAUCCCCUGUGCUGUGACAAAAGCAUGUCCCAUCAGAAACACUGGCAGGGAGGAGAUGGCAGUGACAGACCUGAAAGCAGUAUUCAUCCAAGCCACAGAAAGAGCCGCUGAGUCCUGUGCUCCCCUGAGGAGCGCCCUGGGAUCGUUGUCUGCAUUCAUUUCGCUGGAAUAUUUGUUACAGCAUCUGGUUUCCUGGAGUCUGAGGAGGAAUUGGAAAUUGGUCUCUUUUGAGUGCAGAGGGAACUGAGAAGGCAGCUUCAAUCAGCUCCCGCAGAGUUACCAAAACACGUCUGAUGAGCUAGUGACACAUCUUAGAGAUGGAAAGAUCCUUCCAGCAGUGGCGGACCUUGACAAAGGGAACAUCUUAACAGGAUGCAGUCUGUCUGUGGACCAAAUAGAACAACCCUUUCUGUGUAAGUUUGGUUUUCUUGUGCCUUGCUUUCUUCCGUGGCUUCUUGUUGUUUUAUUGGCAUUGCUCCCUUCAUGUGGCAUAAUUCUCUUUCACCAAGAUUUAGAAAAUUGCUCCCAGUUAACUUUGCCUUAUAGUCUUUAAGGGUUUUAUCUUGGCCACCCAUGAAUUAGGGGUUUCUCCUGCUUUAUGAAAAAUCCCACGUCUUCCAGAAUCUAACCCUCCAAAAAAAGGCUGGGGAGGAGCCGACUCUGCUAGCUGGGCCAACUGUUGUUUGGGGGCUGGUGCAGGCCGAGUCCCCCUGUGACCUGCCACGCCGACAUGGAGUGACAGCCGGCAGGGAGCGGCACUUUCCCUGUGUUCUGGGAGAGCCACACGCGUCUGCAGCACCAGACGUGCAGAAACAGUGCUCCCCUCUAUGACAGAGCCAAGCUGGGGCCUCGAGCCCUCCUCACAGAAGCACUUUGGCCCUGGGGACACUCUCAGGUAGUUGUGGUUGGAGGCUUUGAUUAUAGAGGAGCAAGGAUGAGCCCUGACAGGGCAGGACCUUGGCCAUCUCUGCCCACGUCCUGGUGGAUGGAGCUUCUCUCCAGGUGUUGGGGCGGGAGGAGGACCAUACCCAAGAGGGAAAACCCUUUCUGUGACUAAUGGACUUUAAAAGGACAGUCGCCAGGUGGCCUUAUGGUGAGCUCUAGCUGGUUGAGAGUCAUGGCUUAAAUUUGUGAUGGCUCUGCCUCUGAAAUGGAAACUUGGCCUUUGGAUCUUUGCUCGGAAGUUUGCAUGACGGUGGAGAAAGCCGAUGCUCUAGCUGCUCUGAGGGGACAGCAAGGGGCCCAGGGCCCCUCGAGUUUCGAUGCAAUAGGAACCAGAAUUAAAGCAAAGGAAAGGCAGGAGGGAAGCCUCCCGUUCCUGAUGUUUCCUGCUAAAGAGCCUCUCUUCAAGCCACAUACUUCACAGUUGCCCCUGGGAGAGAGUCUGGAACACAGGCCUCAGCACCCUUACCCAUGGGUAAUGCACAGGCACCAUUUACACAGGACUUCAACGCCUUGGUUUCCUAUCUCUCUGAAACCACAACAUUUUCCUUGCUGAGGUACAGAGUAGUUACAUAAAGAAAAAGUCCGUGAACUCUCUCCCAGUUUCUGCUCCAGUGGACUCCUGCAUCCCCCUAUUCCUAUUAAUGUCAGCCUAUGACACCUCCCUCCCCAGAUUACCAGAUUAUUCCUCCCUCCAUUCAUCAGCAGAGGUGGGAUGCCCUGUGCCAGGUGUGCGAAUGCAGUGAUAAGUGAGAUGCGACUCAGCACUCAAGGACCUCAUCCCACAGAGGAAGGCUGAUGGGAACAGAGGACCAGGUUUUAGUGUGGUGGGGACAGUGUGACAGAGUCAGAUGAGGUGCUGGACUGGAAGGCAGCGCCAGCCCAGAGCACUGGCACUGGGGGCCGAUCCCAGAGACAGUGUGGGUGGCCUGGCCAGCAGCUCCUGCCUGCACCCUGGAGCUCCUGCAGUGCCUGGAACACCCCGUCCCUGCCCCAUCUUCCCUGGGAAGCUUCUUGGCUCCUAUUUGCCUUGGAGGGUCCAGGGGGGUCAUAGCCUUUAGUUUUGGUGUCUUUAAGACAUGCCUGACAUAAACAAGACUUGUGUCAUUCACCCGACACUCUGGUGGAUCAUUUCAAACACAGAUAAUACAAGAAAGGUACAAGCCGUGAAAGGCCCAGGUGCUUCUGGGCGAAGGCUCGGGAAGAGUUACAGCCCUCCAGAAUGAGCCAGGUGCUAAUUUAGAACAAUCACCUGCCUGUGGCUGACGUGCAAAGCCGCAGAUGCCGUGUUUGGGCUCACCAACCGAGACGCAGCCAGGAGAAGAGCCAUAAUAAGCAAUUCAGCCGAGCCUUCGAUCCACUCUUUUGAAACCUCUUUCAAAUGAAAUCCUGAAAUAGUAUCGCAUUUCCACAGGCAUCAAGCUGUCAGCUUUAAAGAAGAGCAGGCUUCUGAGGCUUGAUCCCUUUCCUGAGCAGCUGAGGCCCACGCGGAGGGGAGGAACAGAUGUACGAGGGGGAGGGGAGAGGCCUGUCCUGCCCACCAGCAUCCUGGUUGGCCGGGUUUCCCCACCAGGAGCCCCUGGUGCCUCGGAUCAGGGCGGCAGUAGGGGCGGGGUGCUCUUUCCUCUCUCCCUCCCCAGAGCAGAGAGGCCAGUUGUGACCUUCGCUGGCACUGGGGAUGGGGCGUCCUGUCUCAGAGCCAGGAACAGACAUUUCUUGUCACGUCCUCAGUUGAAAAGCAGCUGCCGCCCACCCACCGCUCGCCCUGGCUCUGACCCAGGGGGCCCCAGCAGCAAGGACAAAGGUUCCAUCAGAUAGUCAGAAGGACUAGCCUCCCCUCCUGGCACCAACACCAGCAGCUCCAUGACCCGGGCUGUUAUUUAGCCUCUGUGGGCCUCAGUUUGCCCAUCUGUCAAAUGUGCAAGAGUCCCACAAACUCGCGCUGAACUAAGUGCAAGCAAGGCACAGGAACUCCCCCAGCUUCCCUGCCUCUGGAGGUGGGGCCCGGGGCUUCCAGGUCACAGGACACCAGAUCUGCCUGAUGGCAACACAGGCCAGGCUGGGGGAGGCUCUGCGGUCAUGCCGGUGUGUCCCCAGUGGACGUCUGGCUGGAGGUCAGUUAGAGCUUCUGUAGCUCUUAGGCACAGUGAACAAACAGAGCGUUUGCUACACAAUAACUGCCUGGAAAAAAGAGGUUAUAAGUGCUCCUCGAGUGAAAAAAGAAAGAAAAAAGACCAGAAGAUUGGGAGGCAAGAGAAACAGUUUGUCAGUUGAUUGAUGCCAGUUGACUGAUGCCAUUUCGACAGGAGGCUCGGCCUCUCUUGAUGUAAAUUCCAGCGGAACACCUCUCAGUUCUAUUGACUUGCACACAAGUCUGGCAAAUCGCUUUUGUCUUCCCUGCUUCCUUGUUGUCACAGGGUACAGAAGCCUCCUACCCCCUCCCUUGGCGCCAUUAUCUUUCAAGGUGACUCUUAAUCUUUUGAAGUCCCUGCCAUCUGUUCCGUACAGCUCUGCACUUUGUGUGUUCCCAGAAUGCCUUCUGUUCUCCCGGACUUGGCCACGGAUAGCUCUGCUUGUGAGGGGAAAGCAAAGCCACAGUGCUGCCUUCUUAGAGCCCAGCAUCCCUCUUGCCCCCUCAAAGCCAUCUAGGAAACACCGUGUCCUUAAGUUACCAAGAGAGUUCUCCGAGGAACAAGACCUGAACUGCAAGAAAGAUUGUUCGCGAAGCUAAUGCACAGAGUGUUUGAUGGUUUGGGAGAGGAAAAAAUUCCAUCAGAAAACAACUAUGUAUGUUUUUAAGGAACAUAUGUGCAAUUUUGGCAAAAAUGCCUUCUUAGAAGGACUGGAAUCAUUGGAACCAAUGAACUCUCAAGUCACAUGAUUCAUCCCUCUGCCUUGUUGCAAUAUGUCAAGCAUUCUGAAAAAUCAAUUUACUCGAGAAAGCACUAACUGGGCCUAUUAAUGGCUCGGCUUACAGAAUAUGGACUAGUGUGGCGGGGAUGAAAAAACGCCUGUCUUGUUUUUAAGACCUCUAAGGAGGCACGUUGUCCCUGCCUUCCAUGGAAGCGUUCCUAGCACUGGUCCUUCAGGACAGCCACGCCUCAAACCUAGAUCCUGAGCGGCUCUGGCCCCUCUCAGUGCAGCGGCUGCCAGCCACUUCUGCCUCCAGCUGGUGGGCUGAGGACCCAGGUUUUGCCAAGGGCACGGCUUUGAGUUGUCCAAGUAGGACCAAGCUGUAUCUGAACCAGGCCCAGGGCAAUGGUUGCACCUUUCAUUUUUCCUGUUUGAAAGACCUUUCCAGAUGCAAACCCAGGUUAGCCUGUCCAAGGAGAAUUCACAGUCACUGGCUCUAUUCUCUCAUGGCCUGUGUCACCUUUCGCUACCAUGUCACAGUUUUUAGUUGCAACUUACAGCAAAUCUAGCUGGUUAGGAAAUGUGUUUCCUAAAGGAUAUUGGAUAAGUCACAUGAUCAUCAAGCUUGGCGACUCCCUGACCAAGAACAAGGCCUCAUGGUCGCUCCCAGGCUCACACCACAGAUGCCCCCAAAGCCAACCACUGUCACUAGGAGCCUCGCCUCUGCUUUUUCAGGCACUAAAUAUAGAGGCUGCCACCUGUCACCAGAGUAGAUUUCACACAGCCUCUAGCUGUCAAGUCAGACUCCGCCAGGUGUGUGGCAUCAGCUGAGGGCUUGCCAGCUGAAAGGGAGUUUGGAAAAGCCAGUGUCUGAGUUCCCCCUUCUCAAGGGGAGGUGGGGCCAGCUUUAUAAUUUGGGGAACCCCCAGACCCAGGAAGGGGGUUCACAUGCUGAGCAUCCAAAACUAAAUACCCACCACAGCCAGAACCCUUGGCUUGUGUUCCUUUGUCCAGAGGACAUGUGAUCCCCCAGGGUCUGACCUCUGGGGAGGCUUGUGCAGCGGGAGUCGAGGGCACACAGGGUGCCCCCAGGCAUGCGGAGGGCCUCCCAGUGCCCCCUCUGGGCUCAAGCUGGGCCAAUCGCAGCUUCUCUCUUUGGGUAGAAAUGUUCCUAAAUUGUGCUGGCUGGGGUGCCGCUGCUGCCUGGCCUGCCUGCCCAGAACCACCUCCUGCCGCUCAGCUUCCAAGGAGCUGUCGCAAAGCUCCUGGCUCACCAGCCCAGCCCUGGUAGCCUUUUCCUGGACCCUGAGUGACAGCCUGCCUGGGUUGAAGAUGCAAAUGAUUGUCACAUCUUUCCUUCUAAGUCUUUAGCCAGCUGGUGGAUUUAAAAAUAAAGAGUUGGAACUGAUUCGCGGUGUAAGCCUCUCUCCUGACAGUGUGAAUAAAUUCCCCCAGCUGUCACCAAGGCCUGUUCCCAAGUUCUCGCAGGCAUCCGAGCCACUCUCUCCUGGGCUCAAGGGAGCCCAGCAGCGGAGGCGCAUCGGCCUCUGGCGCUCCCCUC